AUGUCGUUGUUGCAGACUGUCGCCCUUCCCCGUCUCACUUCUCUUGGUGUGACUCUUGAAGAUUCUCAAAAGUCACACCAACAUCGGAAGGCCGUUGUCGCUGACUGUCGCCCUUCCCCGUGUCACUUCCUGCUCUCCCUUCCCCUCCAUGUGACGUCUUUGCAGCGAGUGAGGUGGGUGUGCCACUGGCGCUGGAAGGACCUGCCGUCAAAAGGGACGACUGCUGCGAGUGGGGUGGGUGUGUCGCUGGCGCUGGAAGAACCAGCCAUAAAAGGGAGGACUGCUGUCGGCGGCAGCACCGACCCGACUGGUACUACGGGCGUGACUUGUGCCCUUCCUUGUGUGACGCGUCUUGCCAUUCUUCCUUUCCCUCUGUGUGAUGUCUUUGCAACGAGUGAGGUGGGAGUGUCGCUGGGAGCACCAGCCGCCGAAGGCACGACUGCUGCCGGCUUAUGUGCGCCCAUGGGAGCGAAUGCCGCUGCGCCCACCGACCUGGUGCGACGUUAUGUGCAAAUGGGGACCGUGAUGUUCCUCGGCUCGCUUGCGCAGCCGCGCAAAGUCCGAUUCGAAUUUGAGCGCUGCGUAUCCGUGGGGUCGGUGAUGCUCGAAGUCGCGUCCGCGAGCGGCGGCGGCGCGAGCGGCGGCGGAGGAGGUGCAGUGGACGCGCUGCUGUUGUGGGACGUGUUUUUGGGUGACGCGCUUUUCGAGCGCACGGUGUGCGACGCGGUGCAGCUGUUCGCGUCGCCCGACUGCUCGGGUUCUGCAGCGGCAGAGUACCAAAACACGGUUUACCACACAAGGGACAUGAGUGCGUUCAAGAUGGGCGCACCAGUGAAGUCCAUCCUACUGCUGCCAUAUGUGCCCUGCACCUGCUCCCAUACGUCCCUCCCAUGCGUCCCUCCCAUGCGCCCCUCCCCCAUGCGUCCCUCCCAUGCUGUGAGCAGUGCGUUCAAGAUGGACGCAUCUAUGAAGUCCAUCCGCUGCGUUCUCGUGGAGCCAUGCGCUUCUUUUGAGUCGACUCAAAAGCAGACUCCUUUUGAGUGGAGCCAUGCGCUUCCUGGUGCAACUUAUGUCGCUUUUCCUCAUGAGUCAUGCCUCUCCCCCCAUUCUUUUCCCCAUCCCUCUCCCCCCAUUCUUUCCCUCAUCCCUCUCCCCCCAUUCUUUCCCCCAUGCCUCUCCCCCCAUUCUUUCCCCCAUGCCUCUCCCCCCAUUCUUUCCCCCAUGCCUCUCCCCCCAUUCUUCUCCCCAUGCCUCACCCCCCAUUCUUUCCCCAUGCCUCUCCCCCCAUUAUUUCCCCAUGCCUCUCCCCCCAUUCUUUCCCCCAUCCUUCUCCCCCCAUGCCAUUUCCUCCCAUCCCAUCCGUCUCACCCCUUCCUCCCAUGUGAUCCAGACGACAUCUGCAACCGUGUCAAGUGCCCGGAACACUCCACGUGCAUCAAGACAAACGACAGCAUGGAGGUGGGGUGCCACCCUCGCUUUCACUCUGUAUUUCCCUCACGCUCUAUCUUCCUUCCCUCUCACAUCCUGUCCCGUCCUACAUACCCCUCCUCCUCUACCUGCCUCUCCGCCUCCUUUUUGCACCCUGUCCAUUGUCCCAAUCUCCCUUCUCUCAUCCUGUCCCAUCCUACAUCCCCCUCCUCCUCUAUCUGCCUCUCCGCCUCUCCCUCCCACCCUCUCCUCCCUCCCUCCCUCCCUCCCACUCCGUUCUGCCUUCUCCCUCUCUCUUCCUCCUCCUCCUCCUACUCCUCCCCCUCCUCCUCCUCCUCCUCCUCCUCCUCCUCCUCCUCCUCCUCCUCCUCCUCCUCAGCCUCUCUCAUCCUGUCUCGUCCUACAUCCCCCCCCUCCUCUAUCUGCCUCUCGACCUCUCUCUCGCACCCUGUCCCCAUUCUGCCUCUGCGUUCUCUCUCUCUCUCUCUCUCCCCUCGUCCCCUCUUCCGUCUCUCCCUCUCCCUCCUCUCAAUCAUCUUCCAAGUGUGUGCUAAUCGUCCAUUCUCAUCUGUUGCACAGCUCUUCCUCCUUCUCUCCCCUUCCCCGUCCCUCUGUCCUCUCUUUCCUUCCCUCGUACCAUCUUCUCCCACCAUACAUCUCUGUGCUAAUUAUGCAUUCUCGCCUUGUCUGUUGCAUGCAGAGCCCUCCAGCACCAUUGCUAUGCCGAGAGCCCCUACACAACCCCACAACACAAUCCCUCUCCCUCCUCUCUAUCUUCUGCCACCAUGCAUCUGUGCUAAUUAUGCAUUCGCGCCUUGUCUGUUGCAUGCAGAGCCCUCCAGCGCCACUGCUCUGCCGAGAGCCAUGGCACAACCCCUCAAGCCUCUCCAGUGCUGUACUGGGCCCUAA